UUUAUUUUUCAGUUGUUGUGAUUUUUCGAAUGCGGAAGUGUCAGCGCUUGAGCGGGUCACGUGACUUGUGCUGCUGCCAGAGCAGUAAAUAUCAGAGGAGUUAGCACACAUGCUAACGAGCUAGUUUCCGUUUUAAACCAUGUUUUAUUUGCCUUUAUUCACGUAGACAGUCAACGCGGCCGAGUUCCUUUCCACCUGAGAUGAAUCCACACUUCCGCUGAAGUCUCCGAACAGCUGCUUCGAAUCUGUGGAGACUUAGCUUAGCCUAGCCUAGCUUAGCAUAGCUCAAACCCAUACACUGGCGAGCCUGAGUCAGCCGGAGAGUUGGGUUCGUUGCCAGCGACCAUGCAAGCGGAGACCACGGCGAUAAGAGUCCCGGAGAGCGAGGCUGGGAAGCUGGAUGUCGUCCCCCAGAACAAGACCCCGAGCUCGGGGAGAGCCAGUGCCAAAAGCUGGCAGUACAGCGACCACAUGGAGAAUGUUGACGGCUACUUGAUGAAAUACACCAACCUGGUGACAGGGUGGCAGUACAGGUUCUUUGUGUUAAACAAUGAGGCGGGCUUGUUGGAGUACUUUGUCAACGAGCAGUCGCGGCCCCAGAAGCCCCGCGGCAUGCUCCCCCUGGCCGGGGCCGUCAUCUCCCCCAGUGACGAGGACUCGCACACCUUCACUGUCAACGCCAUCAGCGGGGAGCAGUACAAGCUCAGGGCCACUGAUGCCAAAGAGCGGCAGCACUGGGUGAGCAGGCUGCAGAUCUGCACACAGCACCACACAGAGGCCAUGGGGAAGAGUAACCCCCCUCCCAAGUCCCGGAGCUACUCGAUGGCGUCUCAGGGCAGCGGCAGCUCACCGAUGUCCGCGCGCCGCCCCAGCCAAAACCCAACCUUAUUCGGCUGGUCGCAGGUCCACAAGGGCUCGUCGCUCUACUCCAGCAAGAGGUCGCUGCUGCCAGACCACCUGAUGGACGCCAGAGAGAUGCAUGCGUGCAGGUCAUCCACCAGAGGGCAUCGGAAGAUAGCAGUGAUCAGUCGAUCUUUAUUUUAA